AUGCUGAGAUGCUGCACAGUGUGUUGUGGUGCUCGGGACGGUGGAGAGAGCUCUUCCCAGAGAGAAGACUUCUUACUGACCUCUUAGUGAUACACAGAGGUGAUGAUCCAGAUGGACAGAGGAGUAAGGCGCUUGGAGCCAUGGAAGAUCGCAGUCAUUGUUGUGUCAGUGAUAGUAGCCUUAGCCCUCAUCAUUGGCUUGAUUGCAUUUCUUUUGGGCCAUGAUCAAGACAGAUAUUACAAUGCCUCCUUCCUAAUCACCAAUGUCAAGUAUAAUCCUCAGUAUGAAAAGCAAACUACAGAGGAGUUCAUGAACAUCAGUGAACGUAUCGAAACUCUGAUGUCUCAAGUAUUCAGGGGGUCCUUUCUAAGUAAAAGAUACAUCAGGUCCCACGUGGUCAGUCUAAGCCCAGAUCCUGUUGGAGUGCUUGCAUCUGUUGUUCUGGUAUUUAAAUUUCCCUCUGCUGACAGUGAAGCAACGACCCGGGAUCAGGUCAACCGUGUGUUACUCAGAAGGCUGAAAGCAAUCUCAACGUUCCUCAAUGUUGACCAGUCUACCAUUAAACUCACAGAGCUGAACAAGGAAAAGGGAGAUAACCUUUUAAACAACUGCUGUGGAAUACGAAGACAGGCAUCCUCCUUCACAGGAGUGGAAAGAAUAACUGAUGGGCAGCGUGCACCAGAGGGAGAAUGGCCAUGGCAGGGGAGCAUUCAACUUGAUGGGAGCCAUCGCUGUGGGGCAUCAAUCAUCAGUAACACCUGGCUGGUGACUGCUGCCCACUGCUUUAGAGAAGUAAGAGACCCUCGGAGGUGGACUGCCAGCUUUGGAAUUCUGCUGAGACCUCCAAAACAGAAAAAAUUAGUGCGCAGAAUUAUUGUUCACGAGAGAUAUGGUGGCGUUCUCCUUGAUCACGAGUAUGACGUGGCUGUUGUGGAACUUGCCUCUCCUAUUGAGUUCACAAGUGAUGUGCACAGUGUCUGCCUUCCUGAAGCAUCUCAUGUUUUCCCAGACAACGCUUCCUGUUUUGUCACUGGCUGGGGAGCUUUGGAGAAUGAUGGCUACAGUGUUAAUCAGCUUCGACAAGCAGAAGUGAGAAUUAUAAGUACUGCAGUUUGUAAUAGGAGAGAAGUGUACGGCGGAGCGAUAACAGCUGGAAUGUUGUGUGCUGGAUACUUGGAAGGGCAGGUGGAUGCUUGCCAGGGUGACUCUGGUGGGCCACUGGUGCAUGCAAAUUCCAGAGGAAUCUGGUAUCUUGCGGGAAUAGUAAGCUGGGGAGAUGAAUGUGGCAAGCCAAAUAAACCAGGAGUAUACACACGAGUGACUUACUAUCGAAACUGGAUCCAGUCCAAAACGGGCAUCUGAAACCUGGAGCAGGUUAAGUUCUGUGGGCUGUGUACAGCUAUUCCUCUGACACAUCCUGCUCUGUGGUCGCCCUCUAAGCAGCUGCUGGCUUAGCUUGUGGUGGUGUAUAAAGUACUUGUAAGCUUGGAGCAGUCUGGGACUUGAAAUUGAUUUGGCCUACAGCCAGACAGGAAUGGACUUGAUCCAUGUGACAUUUGUUUGUUCAGGAAGUAGUCUGUCAGAGGGACAACUCCUUCAUCUGUAUGCAAUAUAUUGACCCUUUUUCUACAUGGCCACAUGUCUUGGCCCCAGCUUUUAUACCCAAGCAAAGUGUUUGAGCCCAAACAAUCAUCUGCCAGCAUCCAAGACAAGCUAUAACUGAAACCUGGCCCAUCCAUUUGCUGUGUGCUCACAAGGCCCUGACUAUCCAUAGAAAAGCUACAAUCCAGGCCCUGACUCCAAGGCUGCUGUACUUCUGAAUUCUUGAGCUUUCUCCUGCUUCCAGGAACUGAAAUAUAAUGAAGAAUGGAAGAUGGCUUGGAGAAGUCUUGGCUCCUAAUAUCACACUGGAUUGUUAAUUAAGUGAAUAGAGAACUUUUCCUUGCCUGAGAAAGAAAUUAGUGGAAAACACCAGCUUGUGUCCACCUUCUUUGAACAAGUGAACAUAUGCCUGUUCAUAGUUUCAUAUAAACAGUCUCUGCCACAGCAUUUGCCAGGGGAGUAAUUGCUGGACUUAAGACC